AUGGCACCCCUCCAAGCCGAUUACCUCGAGCGCGUCUACGCGGGCGUCCUGGGGAAGCUCAUCGGCGUGUACGUGGGCCGGCCCUUCGAGGGCUGGACUCACCAGAGGAUCCUGGCGGAGCUCGGCCCCGUCAAGCAUUACGUCCACGAGCGCCUGGGGCUGCCCCUCGUCGUCACCGACGACGACCUCUCGGGCACCUUCGCCUUUGUGCGCGCCCUCGAGGAGCACGGCGUGUCGCCGGACCUGACGGCCGAGGACGUCGGGCGCACGUGGCUCAACAACGUCGUCGAGCGCCGCUCGGUCUUCUGGUGGGGCGGCCGCGGCGUGUCGACCGAGCACACGGCGUGGCUGAACCUGAGCGAGGGGGUCUGGGCGCCGCGGAGCGGCUCGAUCGCGCAGAACGGCCGGACGGUGGCCGAGCAGAUCGGCGCGCAGAUAUUCAUCGACGGCUGGGCGCUCGUGGCGCCCGGCCGGCCGGAGCUCGCCGCCAAGCUCGCCAAGGCGGCUGGGUCCGUCAGCCACGACGGCGAGUCGGUUUAUGCGGCCGUGCUGUGGGCCGCCAUGGAGGCCGAGGCGUUUGUGUCAAAGAACGUGGACCACUUGCUCGAUACUGGGUUGCAGUACAUCCCUGCCGAGUCUGACAUCGCUCGUAUGAUCGGACAGGUCCGGGCCUGGUGCAAGGAAGACGGCGAGUGGGCAAAGACAAGACAGCGAAUCGAGGAUACGCAUGGUUACGACAAGUAUCAUGGCGUUUGCCAUGUCAUGCCCAACCACGCCAUCAUGGUCAUGGCUCUUAUCUACGGCGGCCACAGCUUCCACGAGGCGAUGCACAUUAUCAAUACCUGCGGGUGGGAUACCGACUGCAACUCUGGCAAUAUAGGUUGCCUUGUUGCGAUCAUGCACGGCUUGUCCACGUUUGAGGGUGGUCCUGACUGGCGAGGGCCCCUUGCGGAUCGUGCACUCAUCUCUAGUGCCGACGGGGGAUACUCGAUCAAUGAUGCAGCACGCAUCGCCAUCGACGUUGCCAACUUGGGAUACCAGCUUGCUGGCGAACCGCCCCUAAAAGCCCCCAAGGACGGUGCACAAUUCCACUUCUCUUUGCCAGGGAGUGUCCAGGGUUUCCAGUCCACUGGAAGCAGUGCCAAGGUUGAACAGGGCUCGGAUGACCAGGGAACAUCGGGAUUGGCUAUUCGCAUCCAGGGGUUGACGGGAUCAUCGAACCCAGUUGAAGCCUUGACUCAGACAUUUUCACCGAGAGAAGUAGAACGGAUGGGACCGACAUACCCUUUGAUGUGCUCGCCGCUAGUAUAUCCAGGGCAGAAGGUGUUUGCCAAUGUCAAGACCGAGGGAAAGGGCGGUCCUGUGAAAGUCCAGCUUCGCCUGAAACACUAUAGCGAGAACGAUGAGCUGAUGUCCCACGAUGGAACUAGCGUGGAGCUUGUACCAGGUACCGCCCAGAGAAUGGAAUGGACUAUCCCUGACACGUUGGACAGCCAACCUAUACAGCAGCUCGGACUUGCAGUCUCGACAACCGGCGAUCCCUUCGAAGGCACUGUCUGGCUGGAGAGUUUAGGAUGGAGCGGCAUACCUCGGACUGUGUUCCGCCGGCCGGCCGCCAAGGAAUGCAAAUACUGGCAUGAUGCAUGGGUGACCAGCGUUGACGACUUCCACAUGCGCAUGAUCCCAUCCUUUCACAUCGUCAAGAACAGCGGCGAAGGGCAGAUCAGCAUUGGCACAAGAGAGUGGGCCGACUACAAGUUCACGGUCCACAAGCUCAAGGUCACCUUUGGGAACUGGGCAGGCGCCAUCGUGAGGACGCGAGGCUUACAUCGAUACUAUGGCGUAAUCUUGAGCAAGGAUGCGAAGGGCAACAGUUGUCUUUCGGUCGUCAAGGCUCGAGACGAGCACCGCCGUGUGCUAGCAUCCAUACCUUUCGACUGGGGCAUUGAUGCGGAAUACGAGAUGGCAGUGGCUGUGCAAGGGAACAAGAUCAGGGCUGAGGUUGGGAGUGCGUCGAUUGAGGCGAGUGAUAAGGAUGGACCAUACUUGAGCGGCGGAAUGGGACUGGUUGUGCAGACCGGAUCCCUCAGCGCCGACAGUUUAGAAGUCUCACCAAUCGAGAUAUGA